AAUGCGCCUCGCGCGGCAGUGCGAGUGAUGUAUCUAUCUAUCCAUGAAGUCUUUACUACAAAGAUGGCGGAUUUCCUGCCCUCCCUGACGGCUAUAGUUUGUAUUCCCAAUUGUCUUCUAUCCAGCGGCGAAAUUGACCAAAUUAGAAAGUCUAAGGAGAUCGAUAAAAGCUUGUCUCGAGAGAAGACGUAUGUGAAGAAACUGGUGAAGAUCUUGCUGUUAGGAGCAGGCGAAAGUGGCAAGUCAACUUUCCUCAAACAAAUGCGCAUAAUUCAUGGGCAGGACUUCGAUCAGCGGGCCAAAGAAGAGUUCCGGGCUACAAUCUACAGCAAUGUUAUCAAAGGUAUCCGAGUGCUGGUGGAUGCCCGUGAGAAGCUGCACAUCCCUUGGGGAGAUCCUGAGAAUCAGGUUCACGGGGAGACAGUGAUGGGCUUUGACACCCGCUCAUCCAUGAUGGCCAAAGGGAUGGUGGAGACCAAAGUCUUUCUCAACUACCUGCCCUGCAUCCGUGCCCUGUGGCAUGACAGUAGUAUUCAGAAUGCUUAUGACAGACGGAGAGAGUUUCAGCUGGGUGAAUCUGUGAAGUAUUUCCUGGACAAUGUGGAUAAACUUGGACAAUUGGACUACUUGCCUAGCCAAAAGGAUAUACUGCUGGCACGAAAGCCCACCAAGGGUAUCCAUGAGUACGACUUUGAAAUCAAGAAUGUUCCUUUCAAGAUGGUGGAUGUGGGAGGGCAGCGGUCGGAGCGCAAGCGAUGGUUUGAGUGCUUCGACUCUGUGACCUCCAUCCUUUUCCUAGUCUCAUCCAGUGAAUACGAUCAGGUGCUCAUGGAAGACCGUCAGACCAACAGGCUCACGGAGUCACUCAAUAUCUUCGAGACUAUCGUCAACAACCGCGUCUUCGCCAACGUCUCUAUCAUUCUCUUCCUCAAUAAGACAGACUUGCUGGAAGAAAAAGUUACGAAUGUGAACAUCAAGGACUACUUCCCCGAGUUCACAGGGGAUCCCCAUAAUCUGCAGGAUGUUCAGAAGUUCCUGGUCGAGUGCUUCCGUAACAAGCGUCGUGAACAGCAGCAGAAGCCCCUUUACCAUCACUUCACCACCGCCAUUAACACCGAGAACAUUCGUCUCGUCUUCCGUGAUGUCAAAGACACCAUCUUGCACGACAACCUUAAACAGCUUAUGUUACAAUGAAAGGCACCGAUUGCCCUUUAAGAACAUUCCAUUUUAAUUAGGUUUUUACUUUAUUUAAUACAAAGUGGUUCAAUACAUAUUGUGGUUGAAGAAAAAUAGAUAGUAUAAUUAUGCAACUUACAUUUUUUUUUUGCAUAUUAUUACAGUCAUAUAUAUGCAAAGAAUUUGAUAUCAAAGCAACCUUUUUAAGCUGCUUGUAGCCAUAUCAAAUAUGCCAAGGAAUGGUCCUCAGUUAUUCACCAAAAUGCUGUAAUUCUGAUCGUUUACUGUAUGUUUAUGAGCGCAUAUUUUCUUAUAAUAGAACUCUUAACACUCCUGUAACCCAUUGUCUUAACACCUGGUUUUGGCAAAGCUUUUCAAAAAGAAAGUGUGAGAACUCAGGGCUUUAAAUAUUUAAUUCAAAGAGCUCUUCUGCUCCAGUCAGUUUAUGGGCUUGAUGUGUCUGGUUAUAUAAGGCCCCAAUGUUGGUUUUUUGAAAGUAGAACGUGGUUUCACUGCCUUUGUCUUCCCACACUCAAAAUAACUUUUACUUGCACUUGCAUCAUGACAUUAAAUUAGUACAAUUGAGGUACUUUUGUAUGAAGUACUUAUUUGUCAUAUUACAUUUUUCAUAUGUAAAGGGAAAGUCUCUUUGUUUGCUGUUCAAGCCUGUACAGAAUGUCUGUGCAAUUUCUUUUGCUCUGACAUUUCCUCCCCAAGCUGUAUAUUUUACACACUAAGGUAAUACCAUGCAUUUAUUGUGCGUAUUCUAGAAGCCCUGAAAUUCAAUAUUGAAUUUUUAUUUUUUAUUUUUUUUGAUGAAUUCACUUUAAAAAUGGAAAGUAGCCUUAUGUCUUUGUUCCUGUGUAGGUUAAAGUGGACAGCUUUAGCUCAGGGUUUUAUAAAAUGACUGUUAAAGCAGUCCAGGUGUAUUUUUGUGUAUUGGUUACUGCAGACAUUUUUUUUAAACGGGCCAAGCAAAGUCACCUUUGCCUUAAAUGUCUGUAGAUCACCCAAAGCUGGUUUAAUGCAAGAUAAAUUAAAAUGUGUUGAUGGAGAAGUCUUAAUGUAAUCUUAAUGAAAACAAGCACUGUAAUCUGACUGUUGGUAGUAAAUUGAUAUUAACUGAUUGCCUGAAUUAAGGUGUUUAUGUAUAGAAUCUGUACAAAAAAUUUGCUCAUGCAAUGCUGUCUAUCUUUGUCAUGGCCAUAAUCACUUGCUUUUUGUAUAGUGUGUUUUCUUAUUGUUUUUUGAUCACAUUUGUGUAAUUCUGUUUAUUAAAUCUGAUUGUUUUAUCAGAA